AUGGCCAUGCUCACAGACCAUGUUCAGGCCAACACACCCAAGAACCUGGCCACGUUGAAGACCACGUCAACAAAAGUCAAGGAGCUUUCAAAGGGUCAAUGUAGGCAUCAACAUGGUCAUGUCCGAGACCACGUCAACAUCAACACACUCAGCAACAUGACAAUAUUCAUAGACCACGUUCAGGGCAACACACCUUGGAAUGUGGCCACGUUGAAGAUCACGUCAACAAAAGUCAAGGAGCUUUCAAAGGGUCAACGUGGGCAUCAACACGGCCGUGUUCCGGGCCAUGUUCACUGUCAGAAGCACAUUUCACAUUCAUUUCGAUGUAGAGAUCACAUUUAUGACGUUGUCGCACGUUGGAUCUAA